AUGUCAGAAGCCACGAAAAUUCGGUUGGAAAAAGCCGGCGGAUAUCAAAUCGAACCGAGAGGCCCUACGGAAAUAAAGGGAAAAGGCACAAUGGAUACCUAUUGGCUACUGGGAAAAUCGGGAUUUGAUAAACCGGUACCAGAUCCUCCGUCCCUUGAGUUGGAUGAAAGCCUUAUUGUAAGCUCCUCAGUAAGCCAGCACGAUCAUUACGAAGACUCGGGCGAUUCAAUAUCUGGAAGUUCGAGACAUCAGACUGCAGAGGAUCACUACAACAAAUUGCCCAGCAUUAAUCCCUCAUUUAUGAGAAACAUGGAACUCUCCAAGUUUUCUAGCCUCGCAAAAGCUGGAGAAGAUACAGGACAAAGACAAGAUGGCCAUAUGGUAAAGAGUACAUCAAGUGAAGUGCCUGUACCGUUAGGAACACCAGUUUCAGCAUCAGAAGUUGCUGCUGCUCUUCUCGGUGCCUCAACUACUUCUCUUUCGGGGUUCAGAAGACCAAGAAAAAUUGACGAAGAUGACCUAAGUACCCCAUACAAUCACUAUAAAUGCUUAAGUCCAAAACACAGGGUAGGAAAAUUACUUCGAAGACAAUUUAGCCUGGAUCGGGCUGAAGAGGUCGUUAGAAUCGAAGACAAUAUACUGGUAAAAGCAAUUAAUUAUACUAUUAAAUUAGAUGUACAAAAUGAUGGUUUAUGA